GGGAAGGGGUGUUUCACUUGUGACCGAGCUUUAUAAGAGCUGGUUUGAGCAGCCGUGUGCUGGCAGAGCGGGGAGGACAGGGUGUUUCCAGGCUGAGACAGGGAGGAGGUUUACGGGUCUCUCACAGCUGCUGCAGCAGGAGCUGAGGUUCACAGAGGAUCCGGGCUCCCAGCUCAGCUAUGACGACCAGCAGCACGGACUUGGACUGCGAGAGGUGUCAGUGCCAGCAGGAGGACAACCGCACCGCCAUCCUUUACAACCUCCUCAGCCAGAACCUGAACCACAGCCGGGGCAGCUGCAGCCCGGCCCACCAGCGCUGCCUGUGCCACCAGCGCCGGACAGUCUGCCUCCGGACACCCCACGUCACCUGCCAGGCUGCUUCCAAUGUGCUGGUGAAAACCAUCAGCUUCAUGAAAAACCUCCCUUCCUUCCACCUGCUGCCGCGAGAGGACCAGCUCCUGCUGCUGGACAGCUGCUGGGUCCCCCUCUUCCUCCUGGGGCUGGCGCAGGAGAUGGUGACGUUUGAAGUGAUGGAGACCCCGGCCCCCAGCAUGCUCAAGAAGAUCCUCCUCGAUGGCCAAAGCAAACAGCAGGAGCCCGAGAGGACGCAGCCCACACUGGCCGCCGUGCAGCGGCUGCAGUGCUGCCUCAACACCUUCUGGAGCCUGGACGUGAGCCCCAAGGAAUAUGCCUACCUGAAGGGAGCCAUUCUCUUUAAUCCCGAUGUCCCAGGGCUGAGAGCCUCCCCGUACAUCGAGAGCCUCCAGCGGGAAGCCCAGCGAGCGCUUCAGGAGGUGCUGCGGCCCCUGCAUCCUGAGGACCAGGGCCGCUUUGCCCGCAUUUUGCUGAUUGCCUCCACCUUGAAAUCCAUCCCUCCUGCCCUUAUCACAGACCUCUUCUUCCGGCCCGUCAUCGGCAACGCAGACAUCGUUGAGCUCAUCGCGGAAAUGCUGUACGAAAUCACCGGCAGGCAGCUGGCUCCCCUGCUACGCAUGGCACUCUGAGCCGCCGCGCUCGGCUGCCGG